UAUAGCGUAGAUCGCAAUCUAACAAUUACACUGAAACCAGGGGCAUUUCCGUUAUUCUAAACAAAUCCACCGGCAAAUCUCCCUGCUUCAGGUUUCUCAUCCCAUCAUAUUUCGCGCGGCCGUUUUACUUUCACGCCACAAUUGGCGUGAACGUCUCUUAGGAGACAUCCGAUAAAAUUGGAACGAUACGGUUGGCAUGAAACGCGCACCAACCUGAGGUGCAUAAUCUUUGUAUUUAAAAAGCAAGAAGCACAAGCAUUAACAGAGACUUGCCAAAACAUUCACUGCUCUCUAACUCACUCACUCUUGUUUGUUUGUGGCUGGCGAGACCGGCGAUGGAAAUCCAGGGUUCUUGGUGGUGGUUCACGUAGGCGCGGGAUAUCACGCACCUUCAAACAAGAAAGCUCUAAGGUCUGCCGUGAAACUCGCUUGCCUCGCUUCCGCCUCUGUUCUUGGCCAGGUGAGUAAUCGUGAAACUGAAGGUAUUUGAUAUUUUCCUUUUCUGGUGGAAAAAGGCUUUACCAAUUUUGGGCAUCUGGUCGCAGAUAAUUUUACAUUAAGCUCCAAUGGCGGCAAUAAAGCCAGGUUUAAUUGCUCUGUUUGAUGUUGAUGGAACUCUUACGGCUCCAAGAAAGGUUGCCACCCCACAGAUGUUGGAGUUCAUGCGAGAACUCAGAAAGGUUGUUACAGUUGGUGUUGUUGGUGGAUCAGACCUUUCUAAGAUAUCAGAGCAGCUCGGAAAUUCGGUCAUUAAUGACUAUGAUUAUGUAUUUUCGGAGAAUGGACUAGUUGCUCAUAAGGAUGGGAAAUUAAUAGGCACCCAGAGCUUGAAGUCAUUUCUUGGAGAGGAAAAGCUCAAGGAAUUUAUCAAUUUCACACUUCACUAUAUUGCUGACUUGGACAUUCCAAUAAAAAGGGGAACAUUCAUUGAAUUCCGUAGUGGUAUGCUCAAUGUUUCACCCAUUGGGAGAAACUGCAGUCAAGAAGAAAGGGAUGAGUUUGAAAAGUAUGACAAGGUUCACAAUGUACGCUCAAAAAUGGUAUCCGUGCUUCGGGAGAAGUUCUCUCAUCUUAACUUGACAUUUUCAAUUGGGGGACAGAUAAGCUUUGACGUCUUUCCUCAAGGUUGGGAUAAGACAUACUGUUUGAGGUACCUUGAUGACUUCCAGGAAAUUCACUUCUUUGGAGACAAAACUUACAAGGGAGGGAAUGAUCAUGAAAUUUAUGAAUCUGAGCGAACAGUGGGUCACGCAGUUAUCAGCCCAGAAGAUACAGUAGAUAAGUGCAAAGCUCUCUUCCUAGCCAAACCCUGAGCUUCCCACAAACAUAUUGAUUUUACUGUUGUGAGAAUAAAUACGUAUUCUUUUAUGAAUAAUAUGAUGUAAUUUGUUAUAUGUUAUUUGAACUACCGAAAAGGCGUGAUGAAAUGUUAAUUGGAGAAGUUACUCUCCUUGUCUAGGUUAUGAUUCAAUUGAAUAAAGGGGUAUUUAUUUUACUAUAGCA